GCUCGGGAGGCGGACCCUGGCUGCCAUCUUGCAGCGCGCGGGAACUGCUGCCGCCGCUGGCCAAAAAGCGGAGGCCAGGGAAAGCGUGUCCUGCCCAGCCCGCCUUCCUUCUCCAUUGCCACCGGUGCCGAACAAGCAGGCUGCCCAACUGCAACUGUAGACCAAUGAACUAAUCCAUCGCCCGCAGCCCGACUCUCAGCAGCGGUUCGUCCUGGUGCCCACCCCCGCGAAACGGAGCGCCCGGGCACCUAGCCUCCCCGCCGGCCACGAUGCCGAACGUGCUGCUGCCGCCCAAGGAAAGCAACCUCUUCAAACGCAUCUUGAAAUGUUAUGAACAGAAGCAGUACAAAAAUGGCCUCAAGUUUUGCAAGAUGAUUCUGUCGAACCCAAAAUUUGCUGAACAUGGAGAGACUUUGGCUAUGAAAGGAUUAACACUGAACUGUUUAGGAAAAAAAGAAGAAGCUUAUGAAUUUGUUCGUAAAGGACUUCGUAAUGAUGUCAAGAGUCAUGUCUGUUGGCAUGUAUAUGGACUCUUGCAGCGUUCUGAUAAAAAAUAUGAUGAAGCUAUAAAAUGUUACCGGAAUGCCCUCAAAUUAGAUAAAGAUAACCUGCAAAUUUUGAGGGAUCUCUCACUGUUGCAGAUCCAAAUGAGAGACCUUGAAGGUUACCGAGAAACAAGAUACCAGCUUCUUCAGUUGCGCCCCACACAGCGUGCCUCCUGGAUUGGAUAUGCUAUUGCAUACCAUUUGCUGAAAGAUUAUGAUAUGGCCCUAAAACUAUUGGAAGAAUUUAGACAAACUCAGCAAGUUCCUCCAAACAAAAUAGAUUAUGAAUAUAGUGAACUGAUAUUAUACCAGAAUCAAGUGAUGAGAGAGGCAGAUCUGUUUCAGGAAUCUUUGGAACAUAUAGAAACAUAUGAGAAACAAAUAUGUGAUAAACUUCUGGUGGCAGAAAUUAAAGGGGAAAUACUGUUGAAAUUGGGAAGAUUAAAAGAAGCCAGUGAAGUGUUCAAAAACUUGAUUGAUCGGAAUGCAGAAAAUUGGUGUUAUUAUGAAGGCUUGGAAAAAGCUCUACAAAUUAGCACUUUAGAAGAGAGGCUUCAGAUUUAUGAAGAAAUUAGUAAGGAGCACCCCAAAGCAAUUACACCCAGAAGAUUACCUUUGACUCUUGUCCCAGGUGAAAGAUUUAGAGAACUAAUGGAUAAGUUCCUGAGGGUUAACUUCAGUAAAGGCUGCCCACCCUUGUUUACUACUUUGAAAUCUUUAUAUUACAAUACAGAAAAGCCAUUCGUUUGUGAGUGUCAGGCUCUUAAGUGAAGACGUUCAGUGAGUCAACAUCCAGGUUUGCCUGGGUUGGUACACUUUGAUUCCAUUGAAGUUGGACAUCAGUGCUCAUAUCCUUUGAAUAUAUGAAUAUUUAUAUUUUCAUAAAGUUGGGGAAAAUACGUAAAGCAUUGGUGUGUGUUUUAAUUAAAUGAUAAAGUUUGUAAAGUACUUGGUUUGAACAUGUUCAAGAAAUGGUAAUUUUCCCUUACUCUCUAAAUUAGAUGGUAAGUCCCACCCUUCUCACACCUCGUCUCUGUAGUUACUUUUAUUUUAUUGUCAUUGUUCUUGGACAGUUUACCUCUGUAACUAGCCCCUUUAGCACCAAAAUUAUCACUAGUAAUUGUGCUUGUAUCAGAACCUAAUUCAGCAAUUUUAGUCCUUGUUGAUAAACUAGUGUACUUAAUUAGUAACUUUCAUAUUGCAGUGACAUUUUAAACCUGUGAUUUGUCUCUUUACUGUGAAAAAAAUGUGUAUCGGAUACGAUGUUGUGGGACUUUGUCUUUAAGGUUAAUAAAGAGUUCUUUUAACUCUUACAUAAGAAAAGCUGGUCACCAAGGACAUACUUUAGGAAAUUAUAACAGUUAUAGUAUUAUCUUAGGUUAGAUUUUGUUAAAGAUAAAAAGCUUCUUCCAUCUUGAUCUAAUGUAGCUGUUAGAAGAAAGUAAAUCAGGAGAAGGUGGCUGAACUUGGAAAAUUUUUCACAUUGUAAGAAAAAUGUGGGCCAUAAAAUUUAAGGUGGCCAUUUAUGUUUUUGUUGUGAUCUCAGAUACUUAAGUGGAUUGGCUUUCUUGAUUUUAAAAUAACGGAGGCAAAACAUCAUUUUAAAGAAUAGCUAUUACAUAUUUGUCAGAUUACACACUACCUAAUUAAAUAUAAAUGGUAAGUAAACUUGAGCGAAAUAAGUCUUAUACUUGAGUAAAACUUCUUAGAUUAACUUUCAUAGAAAAUUUAGAAAAUUGUUCACUUAAUUACUGAAUGAGAAGUAACCAUAAGGCCGGGAGUGGUGGCUCAUGCCUGUAAUACUAGCACUUUGGGAGGCCAAGGUGAGCAGAUUGCUUGCGCUGAGGAGUUUGAGACCAGCCUGGGCAACAGGGCAAAACCCCAUCUCUACAAAAAAUACAAAAAUUAGCCAGGUGUGGUGGUGCAUGCCUGUAGUCCCAGCUAUUCAGGAGGCUGAGGCAGGAGGAUGGCUUGAGUCUGGGAGGUGGAGGUUGCAGGGAGCCGAGUUCACACCACCGCACUCCAGCUUGGGUGAGAGAGUGAGACCCCAUCUCAAGAAAUAAAAAUAAAGUAACUGUAAAUUUUGGCUUGGCACAGUGGCUCACACCUGUAAUCCCAGCACUUUGGGAGGCCAAGGUGGGCGGGUCACCUGAGGUCAGGAGUUGGAGACCAGCCUAGCCAACAUGGUGAAACCCCCUCUCUACUAAAAAUGCAAAAAUUAGCCGGGCAUGGUGGUGCACACCUUUGGUUCUAGCUACUCAGGGGGCUGAGGCAGGAGAAUUGCUUGAACCUGGGAGGCAGAGGUUGCAGUGAGCUGAGAUCACACCACUGCACUCCAGCCUAGGCAACAGAGUGAGACUUGGUCUCAAAAAAACAAAAAUUUAUAUAUAUAUAAAAUAUAUUCAAGAAGUAUGCCUAAUGAACCAGAACGGUCAGUCCCCUUUGUUGUUUUUUUAAAUGUAGGAGAUUUCUUGUGAAUUUUCCAUUAUCUUUUUUCCCCCGUAAUCAGAUUUUGUUUUGAAGUUCUGAAUCUGGAGAUCUGUUUUAUUCAGAAGUAUUUAUAUUCUUUUAUGAAGGAUUAUAUGUAACUUCAGUGUAUGUUUUGUGGUACCCUUUAUUGUUAAAAUUGACUUCUUUAAAAAUAGGUUUCACCCCUUCAUCUCUACUAAAAAUACAAAAAUUAGCUGGGUGCCCGUAAUCCCAGCUACUCGGGAGGCUGAGGCAGAGAAUUGCUUGAAUCCAAGAGGUGGAGGUUGCAGUGAGCAGAGACUGCACCACUGCAUUCCAGCCUGGUGACAGAGCGAGACUCCAUCUCAACAAAAAAAAAACAUAGGUUUCACCCUAGAGAUGCCUAAAGGUCCGCCCUUUUAAAAACCACCUCUAGUUGCAGUUUUAGCAACUACCAGUAGAAGGCGCAAGUUCCUGAAAAAAAUUAUUUGCCUUUAUAAGUUUAACAACUUGAGUACUAAAUUUCUAAGUUUGUAAAAAAGGUUUUUAAGUUACAGAUAUUCUAGGUGAGAUUGGUGGGGAGGUUAUGGUGGGUUAAAAAUGUCUGUUAACUUUAAUUUUGCUUUAUAAUAAAAGUCUUUUUGCAAUUUUUUUUAUCAGCGGUUCUCAAACUCUUAAUUGUGUAUCAGAAUUUACAGAUGGCUUGUUAAAAACAGACUGUACAGGCCAGGCAUGGUGGCUCACACCUGUAAUCCCAGCACUUUGGUAGGUGGAGGCGGGAGGAUCGCUUGAGCCCAGGAGUUCCAGACAAGCCUAGGCAAUAUAGUGAGACUUCGUCUCAUAAAAAAAAAAAAUAUAUCAGGGCAUGGUAAUACAUGCCUGUAGUCUUAGUUGCUUGGGAGGCUGAGGUGGGACAAUUGCUUGAGCACAGGAGUUCAAGGCUACAGUGAGCGACUAUCACACCACUGCACUCCAGCCUAGGUGACAGCGGGCGACCCUGUCUCUUACACACACACACACACACACACACACACCCCAGAACAGAUUGUACUGAAUAAUAUUUCUAACAAAUUGCCACGUGAUGGUGACACUAAGGUUUGACAGUAUUAUUAAUGAUCUGAACAUAACACUUUCAGAACCACUGUUUUUAAAUUAAACAAUCUUUUUUUUUAAAAAAAAAAAAACACAGAAUAUACUCAUUUUCCACUACCCUAAUGUCUUUGGUCAUAUUUUCGUUGAGUAUGUGGUAUCUGUACAUACAUGUUUUAGUGAAGUCAUAGUAUGUGUAAAUUUUUUUCACAUUCUCCUUUUUCUGUUAUUUACACGUUCCUUACUGUUAAUAUAUAGUCCUACCUUAUUUUCGCAUUGUCUGUCCAUUGAAUUCUACUAGAGAUCCUGCCGUAUACUGCAGCAUCGUGUGAGAAAGCUAUCAUGUAGGCCUGAAAAGUGUUACAAUUCGGCCUUGUGUUUUGACUAGUGUCUAGGACGAUCAGUGGUUUCAUGGGCACUGUCCUGUGUCUUUGUGGCAUGAGGAGUAAUCCAGAUUCAAAAUAAAGCUAACUAAAUUAUACCUUCUGAUAUUAAAUGGUAUGUGUGAAGAGGUUUCUUUUGUAGCCAUAUAUGCAGAAAUCUGUUGAGCUUGUGACACAUGACCACUUCAGUGUCAGGGGAACCAUAGUGAAUUUUGGUUAGUUUGUAAAGAGGCGUAGGGAAAUAAGAGAAAUAUAAUUGUUUUUCUGAAAAUAAAGAUGUCAAAGCCCCAGUUUCCACAAAACAGUGAAGAAAUAUUCGUUUUAAAAUAUAGAACGCUUCAUGAAUGUGUGCGUCAUCCUUUCACAGGCGCCAUGCCAAUCUCUUACUGUUCCAAUUUUGGUAUAUGAGCUGCUGAAGUGAGCACCAAACCUUAUUUUGUAGUAGGUAGUUAAGUAAAUUGGUUAAGAAACCCCGUAAUUAUAGUAAGUACAAUACAAUUAUUAUAUUGUAGGAUUGCUAACAACAAUAAGCAGAAGAGUCAUUUUUAAUUUCACUUAUUUUCAAACCUUGAAUCAUUUCCCUUUUUUGUAAUGCAUGACAUUUUAGAAAAUCUGAAUAUUUAUAUAGUGGAUAAUUUGUCCCUUAUAGCAGUGGUCCAUUUUUUUUUUUUUUUUUUGUCUUGUGAGUGGUCCAUAUAUAUAGCAAUGUCCAUUAUUUUGUGUUUUUUUCCACCCCUUCUCCAAAGGGGGGAAAUAUUCAUGUUAGGAAUGGGGACAAAGCAGAUACCCUAGUAUUUUAAUUAAUUUAUAGUUCUGAAAUAAGCUGUAUAUUU